CGUCUUGCUUCCUGCCAUCCUGAAGUAUCGCGUUCUGCACAGCUCAAGGAUGAUGGAGCACGAAAACUCUAGCAAUGGAGCAGCCCUUUCGAUAGCUGAAAACUGCAGCGGCGGCGCCGCCGUUGCAGAGCUCGAAGAUGGUUGCCUCGACGAUUCGGCUGACCACCCCGACGCCGAUGGAUUUACGGAGGAAAUCGACAGCACGUGCUCCACUCCGUAUGUAAGCGCGCCUUCAAGUCCCGGCCGCUUCCCCUCCGUCGGAGGUUACUUCUUCAGCGCGCCGACUAGCCCAAUGCAUUACGUACUCUCCACCCCGCCUUACACUGUUUCCUCAUCCCCUGUUACCGCCCAAUCUGAUGCCUCCUUCAACGGAUCGGCCGAGUUUGAGUUCUCGGCCAAGUACGCUUGCCUUGCCAGCACCGGAACCGUCGGAUCAAUGACCUCCGCCGACGAGCUCUUCCACAACGGCCAGAUCCGUCCAAUGAAACUCUCUUCUCACCUUCAGCGCCCCCAGAUCCUUGCGCCUCUCCUUGAUCUAGACGAGGAAGGUGAAGAUGUGAAGGAGAUGGGCGAUUCGGUGGAGAGGGGACGAGAUCUGAGGAUGCGGAGUAGAUCUAUCCAUAGGCGAGCCAGAUCCAUGUCACCGUCGAGGAACACGCGGUUCCAAUGGCAGAUGGAAGGCGAUGAAGGAGAGAAGAAUGAUGCGAAGGAAGAGGAGACGGAUCCUGACAAGGGAUCCGAAGCAUUGACACCUUCUGUCUCCACUUCGUCUUCCAGAUCGUCCUCAUCGGGAAGAAACUCUAAGCGCUGGGUGUUCCUCAAGGAACUCCUGUACCGUAGCAAGAGCGAGGGGCGAGCAAACGCCAAGGAGAAAUUCUGGCACUCCCUUUCAUUUUCCCCUUCCAAAGACAAAUCAAAGCUUCCGCCAACCGUUCCACCACUCUCUUACGCUAACCACAACUCUGAAUCAUCUCAGAAACAGAGUAGAAAGAGCGGAUACUUUUCAUCAACAUCAACCGAUUCUUCGAAGCAGUGUCCAUCGGCACCACCAAAGAAAGGCGGCGGCAAGCGCCGCUGGCCGGCGCCCUCUCCGCACGAGAGGCUUUACACUGCGAAUCGCGCGCAGACGGAAGAGAUGCGUAAAAGGACCUUUCUUCCCUACCGCCAAGGCUUGUUCGGCUGCUUAGCCUUCAACUCGCGCAGCUAUGGGGCCAUGAACGGUUUUGCCAAAACGCUCAACCCCGUCUCUUCAAGGUAAAUUCUUCAAAAUUCCAAAAAAAAAGUAAAAAAAAAAAAACCUCCAGAAUCUGUAUAGCUCCGUCUUUCUCACUCUGCACCACCCCCCGCCUCCCCUUCCUCCCUAUAUAUUUUUCUUUUUUUUUUUCUUUCUUUUACUUUUGAAUCUAGACUAUGGGAAGCAGCGGUGCGAAGAAAUCGUGUAUCAUUUUGUUGAAGCCAAUAUCUAAAGCCAUUUUCGGCAGGUUUUGCUCCUGGUU